AUGCUGACAUAUUUGGAUUGUAAACAUUAUUAUGCGAUUACCGUUCAUCGCUGUGUGAAUCAAGAGAACAAACUCAAAUUGGAUCAUAUUUCUUCAACAAGUGAAAACAAGGCCGUCAAUAGCAUUUCGUUAUCAUCUUCAACUUUAAUUUUGGCCAUUGAAACCAGUAAGAAGGAAUUCUAUUUCGAGUACAAGGAGAAGCAAGGAGAAAAAUGGCAUCGCUUAGCUACAGUUGUAAAGAUGAACACUAUUCUCAAAGAACAAGAAGCUUUAACCCAAGUACUUCUUGAAGAAAACAACAGUGGCGAAAUUGAAAAAUUGAACAACAUCAAGUAUUUCUGUGCAAGUAACGAAGACUUGACAUGA